UGUUUAGUUAUUUAUUAUCAGAAUUAUAUAUCAUUUAAUUCAGGUAUGGCUACAGUACUAAGAAAUCGAAUUGGUGAUAUUGGUUUAUUAAUAUCUAUUGCUUUAUUAAGAGUUAAAGGUAGGUGAAAUCUAUGAAUGUAUAGAAAUUGUUCUGUAAUUAUUAUUUUUAUAUUAUUUUUAGCAGCAAUUACUAAGAGGGCUCAAAUUCCAUUUUCUUCUUGAUUGCCUAUGGCUAUAGCUGCUCCGACACCAGUUUCGGCUUUAGUUCAUUCAUCUACUUUGGUUACAGCAGGGGUUUAUUUAAUAAUUCGUUAUAAUGAAUUAUUAAUAAGGUCUGAGAUUAAUUAUUAUUUAUUAUUUUUAUCUGUUUUAACUAUAUUUAUAUCAGGAAUUAUAGCUAAUUUUGAGUAUGAUUUAAAGAAAAUUAUUGCUUUAUUAACAUUAAGUCAAUUAGGAUUAAUAAUAAUUAUUUUAAGAUUUGGAUAUUAUGAGUUAGCUUUUUUUUCAUUUUAUUAAAUUUCUAUUGCUAGUUUUAAUCUAUUAUUAUUUAUAUGUGCGGUAAUUAUUAUUCAUUCUAUAGGUAAUUGCCAGGAUAUUCGGUUAAUUGGAAAUUUAAAUAAUAUUAUUCCUUUUACUAUAAUAAGAUUUUUAAUUUCAAGAUUAGCAUUAUGUGGGUUUCCAUUUAUAGCAGGAUUUAUUACAAAAGAUUUGCUUAUAGAAAUUAUUUAUAUUUUGAAAAAUAAUGUUUUAUUAUUAUUAAUGAUAUUAAUAUCUUUAAGUUUUACUGUUAUAUAUUCAAUUCGUUUAAUU